AACCUAUACUAUGAUAUUCCACAACCUCGGCUGGUUGAGCGAACAGCACUGUGUUCAGCUUUUACAGAAACCACAAUGUCAGAAGAUCUCGAAGUAUUUCUUGGUGACGAUCCCAGUAUUCAAGUUGAGUCCACAAAUGCCUACAUCAGCAAUACCUCACAGGGUGAUAUCGAUGACGUCAUAACACACCGGAGAGGGAAGGCCGAGAAGCUGAGCAAAGGUUCAAAAAGUUAUAGUACACCACUCGAGUCGAGGUUGUCCAGAAGCCUGGGUGGGACCGAGCCGAUCUGUCUGUCGUGGAGGAACAUCAACGUGUUUGUGAAGACCGGUCAAAACAGAUGCUUUCGACGGGCAGACUCUGACUGGAGGUUCAAGCAGAUACUGCGAAACGUGAAUGGUCUUGUGAAUCCCAGGACGCUGCUUGCUAUUAUAGGAGCCAGUGGAGCAGGCAAGUCUUCUCUUCUGAAUGUGCUGACAGGUCGCAAUGUUUCUAAGUAUUGCGUGACCGGCGAGGUGCAGGUGAACGGAAUCAACGUUGGCACGGGAAUGAGAAACAUUUCGGCCUACGUCCAGCAGCAUGAACUGUUUAUUGGCAAUAUGACAGUCAAAGAAACAUUGGUUUUCAGAGCUUUACUGAGAAUGGACAAAUGUCUGGAUCAAAAGGCAAGGCUGGCACGUGUUGACGAAGUUAUUGGCGAGAUGGGACUGUCAAAGUGUGUUAAUACUCGAAUUGGAACUCCGGGAGGAAAGAAGGGAAUAUCUGGGGGCGAAAUGAAGAGGCUGUCUUUCGCCUGCGAGAUGCUGACCAACCCACCCCUGAUGUUCUGUGACGAGCCGACGUCUGGUUUGGACUCGUUCAUGGCUCAGAACAUCGUGCAGACGUUGAAGGAGACGACUCAGAAGGGGAGGACGAUUCUGUGUACAAUUCACCAGCCGUCCUCCGAGGUGUUCGCCUUGUUUGAUCAUGUACUGCUAUUAGCAGAAGGGCGUACAGCAUUUAUGGGAACCGCACAGAAGGCUUAUUCAUUUUUCAGUGGAUUAGGUUACCCAUGUCCAGUGAACUUUAACCCUGCUGACUUUUAUGUUCUGACAUUGGCCAUAAUCCCUGGAAAAGAGGAUGAAACUAGGAAAACUGUACAGACAAUCUGUGACGCAUUCGACCAAAGUGAGGAAAUGAACGAGAUUGCUUCUGAAACCGAGAUACUGAUGAAACAGAAUCACGAAAAGGAACUGGAAUCCGUACUGUUCCAGGAUGCAUUUGACCAAAGCAAUGAUAGGUACAAAGCCUCAUGGGUGAAGCAGUUUCGAAUAGUAUUUUGGAGAACCUGGAUGUGUUUUUUUCGAGAUGACCUCCUUUUCAAAGUCCGAGCUAUGCAGUCAAUUGUGAUAGGCUUGGUUCUGGGUCUCGUGUACCUGCGUCAGGACUAUGACAUGACAGGAGUGAGGAACAUCAGUGGCGCCAUCUUUCUCAUCAUCGCCAACCAGACAUUUGUAAAUCUAUUUGCGGUGCUCAAUACGUUCCCAAUAGAGAUUGCUGUUUUUCUUCGAGAGUACGGAAGUGGACUGUACAGAGUUGAUGUAUACUACCUUGCCAAAAUAGCUGCAGAGAUGCCAAGCUUUAUCGUGUUUCCAUUUUUAUACAGCUCUGUGUCAUAUUGGUUGAUUGGAUUGCACGACUCUCUGCAGUCAUUUGUGAUGCACACUGGUGUCCUUAUGCUGGUAGCCAACAUUUCAGGAGCAGUCGGCUAUUUUGUGUCAUCAGUUGCCCGGUCCGUCAGUCUUGCCUUGUCAGUGGCGCCCCCUCUAAUGGUUCCACUCAUGCUCUUCGGAGGAUUUUUAAUUAGUGACGGGUCAAUUCCAGUGUAUUUCAUCUGGAUGAAAUAUGUGUCCUGGUUUAAAUUCGCUAAUGAACUUCUGAUAAUUAUACAGUGGAAGGAUGUCACUCAUAUAGAUUGUCCACAAAAUGUCUCAGCGGUGACCGGUAGAGGUUGUUACGCAAACGGUUCAAGCAUUAUAAAAGAUAUGGACUACAAUGAGGACUAUGUGUACCGAGACAUCGGACUUCUCUUUGAACUUCUUAUUGUCUUUCAUCUCUGUGCGUUUAUGUUCGUUUUCGUACGUGCACGCAGAUCAGAAUCUUAAGUGAUGUACAGUUAAAUUGGGGGGGGGGGGUCAUGCCCCUCCCCCCAAUCAAACCUUUUACAACAACAAAAUAUUAAAUCAUACAUACAUACACACAUACAAAAUCCUGGCUAUGCCAGUGGUAAUAUAUCAGUGUACUAGACAAGGUUUUUUUUCAGGUACAUGUGCAGCUACAUGGAGUUGGGGGUUUCUUUUUUUCAUUAAAUAUAUUUUCUGAGGAAUCAUGCCCAGAACCACCCUAGAGAUGUCGUUCGCCACAGACUAGAUGCCAUGCCCCUCCCCCCUCACCUUGAAAUUACAUGCCCCCCCCUCCCCAGCGCCUUGCAUAAUUUCCUCCAUACCCAAUUGUUCUUAUACCUUUUUUUCUGGUUAUAGACCGUGGGCCCACUAUAACCCCCUCUGCCCCCCCCCCCCCCCGGGAUUUUUCAAGAUGAGUAUAUCUUUCAAACCUAUCCAUAGACAUUCAAAUCAGCUUGUCUGCAGGCAAUCUGUUGGUGGGUGUGCCUGUAGGGCACGUUUGAGUGUAGGCACCCUAUUUAUUUUUAACAGGGCAAAUUUCUGAUCAAGGUGAAUGUUCCACAUA